GACCUGCUGUGGUGCUGAGGGUUCUGUAACUAGUUAUGGCUCCUAGGGAAGCUGCGCCCGCAGAGCGGGGAUCGGUGAUGGAAGGGAUUCGUGCCAUCUUGCUAGGGCCACCGGGGGCCGGGAAGGGGACCCAGGCUCCAAAGCUUGCAGAGAAGUACUGUGUGUGUCACCUCGCCACAGGGGAUAUGUUAAGGGCAAUGGUGGCUUCAGGGUCAGAACUGGGCAUGCGUUUAAAGGCCACAAUGGAUGCAGGCAAACUGGUCAGUGAUGAGAUGGUGGUGGAGCUAAUUGAGAAGAAUCUGGACACACCCCCCUGUAAGAAAGGAUUUCUUUUGGAUGGAUUUCCCCGCACUGUGAAACAAGCAGAAAUGCUGGAUGAGCUUCUGGAAAAGCGUCAAGAGAAGUUGGAUUCUGUGAUAGAAUUCAAAGUGGAUGAUUCUCUGCUUGUGCGCAGGAUAUGUGGCAGGCUUAUACAUGCAUCAAGUGGACGUUCCUACCAUGAGGAAUUUAAUCCUCCCAAGGAAGCAAUGAAAGAUGAUGUGACUGGAGAGCCUCUAAUGCGGCGUUCUGAUGACAAUGAAACAACACUGAAGUCUCGGCUAGAAGCAUAUCACACAAUGACCUCUCCAUUGGUGGAGUAUUAUCAGCGUCACGGCAUUCACACAGCAGUUGAUGCAGCUCAGUCUCCAGAUGUUGUGUUUGCCAGUAUACUGGCAGCAUUCUCCAAAGCACGCUCACAUUGAGUCCCAGCCCUCCCAGAAACACUGCUCCCGAUGGCCCCAAGAGUCGCAUAAAGAUGUAUGUUUGAAUAGUGUCAAUUUCAGUACUCGGAAUUGCUGGUGUAGACUAAGGACCCUUUCUGCUGGUGCUACUGUCCCCCGUACAUUGAGCCCAACACAACUAAUAAUUGUUUUUCAGUCAUUUUAACCUUUUUAUGAACUUGCACAUACAUGUAUGGCACUCUUUUAAGAAAAGGAGAUUACAUGGAAAUCUGGACAUAUUAAAUUUGCUCAGGUUAAGGAUGGCAUCUUAUUGUUACAGUCUCUUUAGCUUUUAAAGGAUGUGCAUCUAACUGUUCUUUGGUAAUGGAAAACCCCUAUAUAUCUGAACAACUACAAGUAAGAGAUUUAAGUGACUGCUAUGUUCAUCAUAUAUGUAAUAAUGAUUGAGUUUGGUGCUGGAUUCAUUUACCCUUUAGCACCCAAGACUGUGCCUUAUGUAUUCACCCAAGCAAUAAAGGGUUUGUGUUGGA